CGUCGCCUCUGUCAUUGGCUGCUGCCACGGCCAAUUUCGUCACGGCCAAGUUACGCUACAUAAACAAGACGCAGAGGGGUUUACUUUUGAGUGGAGGGCUAUAAGCCUCACGGAGUGGUGGUGCGCUGGGAAUGGUUACGUGGUUUUUAGAGAAGAGUCCAAUAGACCAGGAUGUCCUUCGUUUCGGAUGUGCGCCGUCUACUCGAAUGUCCGGAAACUCCCACCCACGCCUGCGCCUGCGCCUGCGCCUGCGCCUGCGCCCAGGCCUGCGCCUAGGCCUGCGCCUUCACUUCCGUCUACCCCUGCAGUUUCAAACGUCAGCGCUGGCACCACACCGAGAACGUCUCCCGAACACAGAACGGCCACCUCAGAUUGUCUUCCAGCAGCGAAGCACCCCUGGUCGCGGCGAGAAUUUCAACGCAGUUACGCCGGAGCGUUCCACUCCAUCCACCGAGAGGGCAUUUUCUGGUGAACGGCAGAGGCAACCUUGCAGAUUUGGA